UCCCGCCCCCGGGCCGGCGGGCAGGAACAUGGAGGCGGCGGCGCGGGAGAGCCGGGCGCGCCGGGCGGCGGGCGCGGGGCGGUAGCGGCUCCUGGCCGCCCUCCCUCCCUUCAGCCCUCCCUUCCUUCACUCCCGCCCCCUCCGCUCCUCCAGCGGCGGGAGAGGCGGCCCGCCUGCCCCCCCGCGCAGGGCAUGGCGGCCCCGGGCCCUCCGCGGCUGCCCCAGCUGCGGCUGGGCCCGCGGUUGCGGGCCGGGCUGGAGGUCGCGCUGCGGGUGCCGAGCCUGUUCCUCAUCGACGCCAUCUUCAACUCGGCCCCGCUGCCGGGCGGCUCCGUGAGCGCCGCGCUGCUGGGCGCGCUGCUGCGGCUGCUGGGUGUCUUUGUAUCCAGCGUUGUUCUGGUUUUACAACAGCGAGCACUUUUCAAGUUCUACAUGAUCGCCUCAGCAUUUCUGCUGGCUGCAACUUCAGUGUUGGUGAAUUAUUAUGCUGCUUUGCACAUAAACUUCUACAGUGCCUACUACACAGCUGCAUUUGGAAUUCAGAUCUUCCCACAUAAAGGACCUUCGCUAUGGAUGGCACUUUCCAUCCUUCAGCUUACCUUUGGAAUUGGAUAUGUUACACUGCUAAACAUGCAGUCCAUAUACUCUCAACUCAUCAUCCUGGAUAUACUGAUUCCUGUAAUUGGCUUGAUUGUUGAAUUACCUUUAAAUGUCCGGCAAGUACUUGUUUUUAUUUCAGGCCUAGUUCUGACACUAAAUACCACAGCCAUUUUAGUUACAAAAAUGAAGUGGUUCUAUUAUUCGGUACGUUAUGUCUAUCUGCUGGUGAGGCACAUGUAUCGUAUUUAUGGAUUACAGCUAUUGAUGGAAGAUACAUGGAAAAGGAUUCGUUUUCCAGCUGUACUGCGUGUCUUUUGGCUAACAAGACUUACGGCACAAGCUGUGGUAUUAACAUAUGUUGUAAAGAUGGCUGAAACCAACACGGAAGAAAAAUUCUUCCUGAUUUCAUGGGAUAGCUGUUGGGAACUGAUUUGCAGCCUGAUCAUAAGUGGGUGUGACUCUACUUUAACUGUAUUGGGCAUGAGUGCCGUCAUUUCCUCAAUAGCGCAUUAUUUGGGACUUGGUAUCCUGGCCUUCAUUGGAUCAACUGACGAGGAUGACAAAAGGCUUGGGUUUGUAGCACCUGUCUUGUUUUUCAUUCUGGCUCUGCAGACUGGUUUAAGUGGACUGAAACCAGAGGAACGAUUAGUUCGCCUGAGUCGAAACAUGUGCCUUUUGUUGACCGCAGUCCUGCAUUUUAUCCAUGGAAUGACAGACCCCGUGCUGAUGUCUCUCAGUGCCUCCCAUGUGUCAUCGUUCCGCAGACACUUCCCUGUACUGUUUGUCUCCGCUUGCCUUUUCAUUCUUCCAGUUCUGCUCAGUUACAUCCUCUGGCACCACUAUGCACUAAAUACUUGGCUUUUUGCAGUCACAGCAUUCUGUGUAGAGCUUUGCCUAAAAGUAAUAGUUUCUAUCACUGUUUAUAUAUUGUUUAUGAUUGAUGGCUACUAUAAUGUGCUAUGGGAAAAACUUGAUGAUUAUGUCUAUUAUGUUCGCUCAACUGGCAAUAUUAUUGAGUUUAUAUUUGGAGUAAUCAUGUUUGGAAAUGGAGCUUACACAAUGGUUUUUGAAUCGGGAAGCAAGAUUCGUGCUUGCAUGAUGUGUCUCCACGCAUACUUCAACAUCUACCUGCAAGCCAAGAAUGGCUGGAAGACUUUUAUAAACCGCCGAACUGCUGUGAAGAAAAUCAACUCGCUUCCAGAGGUAAAAGGAGCUCGGUUACAUGAAAUUGAUGAUGUCUGUGCAAUCUGCUACCACGAGUUCACCACCUCUGCGCGCAUUACUCCAUGCAACCAUUAUUUUCACGCACUUUGUCUUCGGAAGUGGCUGUACAUUCAGGACACGUGCCCGAUGUGCCAUCAGAAAGUGUAUAUUGAGGACAAAGAAAAUGCCAAUAUAUCUAACAACAACGGGUUUGUAGCACCAAACGAAAAUCCUGUACGGGUUGCAGAAGAAGCUGCUGAUGCUGAAAAUGAAUUAAAUGAAGAUAAUGACAGUUCUGAUAGUGAUGAGGAAGAUGGUGACUGUGUGGCACAGCACUUGAAUGAGACUCUUAAUGUUGACUCUAACUCUCUUGGUGAUUAGGAUGUCCUUUACUAAGCCGUGAGGUAUUUGUUCAAGAUUGACUUCAACAGAAUAAAAGUAUCACUUUGUAGUUAUUGUACUUAAGCACAACAGCAGUAUCUCAAUGUUGAGUCUGUGAAUGGUGGUUGUUUACUGUGGUGUGUGCUACUGUAAAUAUACCUCUAAUUUUUGCUGGUCUUUUUCAUGACCACCUUAAAAUUAUGUACAUUAUUGUACAUGGAAUAAAAUGUUUUCACGUUU